AUGCUGUCCUUGCUGCUCUGCGGACUGUCCCUCGCUCUCCCACCCUUUGUCCGAGCAGAUGCAUGCAAGGAUGUUAGUUUGCAAAAUGAGGCACCUUCAGCAGGCCAACCUUUUGCUUUUGACUGUACACACCCACCACUAACAUCUGGGAAAGUACAUGUAACAUGGUAUAAAUAUCCUAGCAAAAUCCCAGUAUCCAAAAACACACAGUCUAGAAUUCACCAGGAGCAAAACUGGAUUUUGUUUCUCCCCCUGACACAGGAGGACUCUGGGAUCUACCAAUGUGUUAUAAACGGCACAGACACCUGUCACAGAAUACAUGUUAACCUCACCGUGUUAAGAAAAGACUGGUGUGGUAUUUCUGGAAAUGGCCAGCUGAUUUUAUCAGAUGAAUACAAACAAAUACUUCACGCAGGAAGGGACGACAGCCUUACCUGUCAUCUGAACUUCCCACAGAGUUGUGUUUUAGAUUCACUGAAGUGGUAUAAGGACUGUGAAGAGAUUAAAGGAGAACGGUUUAUUUCCUGGGAAAUGAAACUUUCAGUGAGCAAUGUUUCGGCAGAGGACGGAGGGAGCUAUGCAUGUCAAGCCCGACUGACACACAUAGGGAAACAGUACACUGUUUUAAACAGCAUCACGGUGAAUAUUGCAGAAACAAAUGGAUAUGCAGGAAGAAUUCCUAAAAUCAUUUAUCCAAAAAACAAUUCAAUUGAAGUACAACUGGGCUCCCCUCUUAUUGUGGACUGCAAUAUCACAGACACUAGGGAUAAUACAAAUCUCCGGUGCUGGAGAGUCAACAACAUGUUGGUGGAUGAUUAUUAUAAUGAAUCCAGACGCAUCAGAGAAGGAUUUGAAUCACACAUUUUUUUCCAGAAAGAUAUUUUUUACACAGUGAACAUAACCUUCUUGGAAGUGAAAAUGGAAGAUUAUGGCCAUCCUUUUGUCUGUCACGCUGGAGUGUCCGCAGCAUAUUUUAUUUUAAAACUCCCAGUUCCAAAUGUUCAAGCUUACUUGAUAGGAGGACUUCUCGCCUUGGUAGGCGCAACAGCGUCUGUCAUGUACCUCUACAACAUUUUUAAGAUCGACAUUGUACUCUGGUAUCGAAGUGCUUUCCAUUCUCCCGGGAGCAAAGAAGAUGGCAAGAUCUAUGAUGCCUAUGUCUUAUACCCUAAGCCUCAAAGAGAAAUCCAGAGCCAUGAGGUAGACACACUGGUGUGGAAGAUUCUGCCUGAGGUGCUGGAGAGGCAGUGUGGAUAUAAAUUAUUUAUAUUUGGCAGGGAUGAAUUUCCUGGACAAGCGGUGGCCAACGUCAUCGACGAAAACAUCAAGCUAUGCCGGAGGCUGAUCAUUGUCUUAGUUCCCGAAUCCCUGAGCUUUGACAUGUUAAAGAACAUGUCGGAAGAACAAAUUGCAGUCUACAAUGCACUCAUCCAGGAUGGGAUGAAGGUCAUCUUGAUUGAACUAGAGAAGGUCAAGGACUACACGGCCAUGCCGCAGUCAAUUCAGUACAUCAAGCAGAAGCACGGGGCCAUCCAGUGGAGUGGGGACCUCACAGAACAGUCACAGUGUGCCAAGACCAAGUUCUGGAAAAAAGUGAGGUACCACAUGCCACCCAAAAGGCCUCCACCAUCUUCUUCCGCCCAGCCACUGAAGCACAUGUCCUGACCCCUCCUGGUUGGCUAGUGGGGGGCCGACAUGGGGUUGGUCACCUGUGAUGGCAUUGUUGGCAAGAGGUGGUUCACGGAUGGCAUGGAUGCCUGGCAUUUGGGCCGUCGGCUUGAAGCUUGCCGUUGUGUCCUUGUUGUGGCAGG